CACACCAAUGUCCCUGCUUCGAAACCUCUUCUCCUUCUCCUUCUCUGCAAAUUCAAUCAUCACAAAACCCUAUUUCGCAUUCUCAAUCAAAUCCAUGGAAGCUACAACAUCUGAGCUCAAUCUCAAUUACCCAAAACCCAUAUCUUCCCCUCCCCCUCCAAUUUCAAAAGACAUUGAACUCAAGAGAGCAAUGGAAGCUUCAUCAAAAUCGAGUCUUUACAAUCUCACAAGAGACGAUGUCUUAUACGAAGACGAACACUUAAUGGCUGUGAAUAAACCUAAAGGUGUUUACUGUGAAGCUGUUCUUCGCUCUGCUCCUCAAAUUGUUCUUGAUUCUUCAAGUGAGUUUCAUUUAGCGAAUAGAUUAGAUCGUGAUACAAGUGGUGUGAUGAUUAUUACUAAGUCUCAUAAAGUAGCUGCUAAGCUUGUUAAGGCGUUUACAGAACAUAAGAUUCGUAAAUCCUACAUUGCUCUUUGUAUUGGUUCAUCUCCAAAUUGGAGUAAGGUCACUGUUAGUUCAGGUCAUGGACGGUCCAAGCACGGGGCUUGGCGUGUUUACUCUGCUUUGGAUGUUGGUAGAGUCUUGCCUGGUGGGUCUUUUGUUAGAGAUAUGGAGACAACGUUUGAAGUUGUAUCGGUUAAUGGUGUAAAAAGUGAGUCUUGUGAAGUUGACGGUGUAAAAACCGAGUCUUGUGAAGUGGAGAGUGUGGUUGUAGUUGAGGGGAAGCGAGAAGUGAGUAGUUGUGAGGGAGAUGAUGUUGUUGUUGUGGUUAGGGCGUUUCCGAGAAGUGGGAGGACGCAUCAGAUUAGGUUACAUUGUCAGUAUCUUGGGAUUCCGAUUAGAGGAGAUGUGAAGUAUCAUGGAAGGUAUGAGUGGUGUGGAAGGACAUUUGAGGGACAUGAGCUUCACGCUGAGUGUUUGUCGUUGGAUCAUCCUGUUACCGAUGAACCUAUUGUUUUCCGAGCUCCUGUUCCGUGUUGGGCAGCCGGAGAUUGAAAAUGGGAACGGUUAACGGAUAGAAUUGAAUGGUUAGUUUGAAGAAUUUGACCUUGGUUUUAACAUUGUGUUUUCCGGAAUCACAUUUCCUCUGAGAAAAAAAAUAGUUAAGCAAGGAGCAAGAGACUAACGAAUCCGUUUCUUUAAUGUUGAAGAUCGAAAGAUGGAAGAUUGUUUCCGAAAACUCGCUGUGAGUUUGUGUAAGCUAGAACAUUGGCAAGAAGAACGUACAUUGAAAAAAAGAUUCACGCUAACAAGAUCAGUGUUCUAUUUUCUCUAUCCAUGCUCUAUGUUUUGAGUAACCCUUAUCCUUGUGGCUUCUAAUAGCUUUACUGUAUUCUCUCUAGUCUCCACAUAUGAGCAUUCGGAGAAAAUUUGGAUGCGGAACAACUUCAACGACUAUAGUUUUUACCCGUUAUUGUUUCUUGUCGUGUGAGCCAUCUCAACCAGUUUAAACUAUACUUUUGCCUUAUGAUGAAUAUGACAGAUUAUUUCCAA